CAGACAGAAUUGUCGCAUUUCGAAAGAGGGGACAAAUAUACGCGGAACUUUCAGCUUUAGCAUCUAAUUUUAGAAUCCGUCAUGUUCGUAUCUCUCUAUUUCGAGGGAAGCAGAGCCCGUAGAUGUGUUCUGUUAAAUACAAAAUCGAUUUGUCUCGAUAGCGAUUACAAGAAUGUCUCUGACAAAAAAGGGGAAUGUCUCGCUCGACGAAUUUCGUCGCGUCAUGUACAACGCUAUUUCGCAAGAGCCGUUCGCGACUCGAUUCGCGAAGUUAUCCACAUCUGGCGACAGACGAGGAAUGGUCGAGAUGAUCGUAGAGAUGCCUUAUGUAGCUGGGUUGAAACCAGACGACUCCUACCAGGGUAAGGACGACGCGCAGGCUGCAAGAUUGUAUGAGAGAUCGCACAAAGCGAUGACUGGCAAUGGCGAACAUGCGACAGAGGAGAUUGAAAUGUAUAAUGAUACUCUUACGAAAACACUGUUUGCGGCCAGUGUGAACGAUAGAGUGUUUCUGGAUACGCUCUGUGAGCGUGCUAGGCGCUCCUAUAGCCUGCGAGCUUAUGCAAGCUGUCUGAGAGACUGCGAGUGCAUGCUGGCGCUUCCAGCGAGCUUCUAUGACGACUCCGUAGAGAAUGUUAAGUACUUUGUUCAGCGUAGAAAGGAGUUCCUUCAGUUGGAACGGGAGUGUUCCAGAAAAUUGGAGGCCGCAUCCACGAGAAAACGCAGCUCCGGUCGCGGAAAAGCCGCGUCCAUUGCUUCCAGCCCGAAGACGUCGUCACUCGGCAAGCGCGGCGUCACAACGGCGCCCAUCGUCGACGGCAGGCAGCAUGGCUAUCUCGUGAGCUGUCCAGACAGUGUGACGCUUCAAUUCCAUGUAGCUAAGGGCCGGCAUCUCGUAGCUACAAGAGACAUCAGACCAGGAGCUGUACUCAUUGUCGACCGGCCGUUUUCCUAUAGCACGGAUGCACCGGCUCUCAUCCGGAAUUGUUUGCAUUGUCAUGCUACACUUAAAUUAGAAGACAGCGUUAGAAUACCGUGCCGUAAUUGCCAAACAGUAUCCUUUUGCACGGAAACAUGUCGCAAGGAAGCGUGGGAGAGAUAUCACCAGUACGAGUGUUCAGUAUUCAACUAUUUUCUCGAAAAUACCUCAAACAACGAAUGUCGACAAAAGUCUCAUCUUUUGCUCGCUUAUCGAACGACAGUCAUACAAGCAUUAUCGGUAGAUACUUCGAAACUGAAUAGCGCAGAAAUAAAGUGUGUUUUAAAUCCUGAUUUCUUACGCUAUCACAUUAAUGGUAACGAAAAGAGCGAAGACGAUGACAUUAGCAACGAAUGCGCAGAGUUGGGGACGAAAAAGCCGUAUAGCCCUCUCGAUUAUCGAACGAUCUUCCAAUUGAAGACACACUGUGCCGAUGUAGGACCCAAUGUAAAUUUGGUUCGAACAAUCGAGUCAGUUUUCCUUGCAAAGUGUCUGCUUUUCGUGUUGAGUAAAUUGGACGUCAUUUGUACGAAGGAAACGUUCGUUCCAUUGGCCAUUGGCAUGCUACAUCAUUUACAGGCGAUUGAUUGCAACGCGUACGAAAUCAUUGAGAAUGUCUAUGAUGAAACGACACGCGUCUGGGAACCCAGGAAUAUCGGCGGUGCGAUUUAUACCACGGUCAGUCUUGUGAAUCACAGCUGUUACCCCAACGUAAUACGUCACUCUUAUCCAAAUGGAAUAGUCGUGGUUAGAGCACUGCGCUCUAUUAGCAAAGGAUGCGAGAUACUGGAUUGUUACGGACCACAAUUUCUUAGCGAGAGCAGAUUGACUAGACGAGAGUUCUUGUGGAAGAAGUAUCGAUUCCUAUGCGAGUGCGACGCCUGCAUGCACAACUGGACAUUUCCGUUACCCGAAACAGUAAAUUAUAAGUGUACGGCGUGUUCGGAACCGCUGGAUCUCUCAGGGAUAAACGCAAACGCUGCGCGAAAAGUAACGCAUCAGCAGUGUGCCAAGUGCGAGAAAACGAUCGAUUUGCAGAAGAUCGAGAAACAACUUCACAAGUCGAUUCAAAAAAGAUUGAACGCUAUUGCUAAAAUGUAUCAAGGCAAUUAUAGAGACGCGAUGCCUCUGCUAUUCGAACACGCGCACUUUGUCAAUAAAUAUUUGGCUGAACCUAACAUAGAAGGUAUCAAAACAGAACAGUGUAUCGUCCAGUGUUACAAUUCUCUCGGCUCUAUUUCCGUGUAAUAAUAAUCUCUCGACCCAUUUAUGUCACAUCUAUUUAUACAAUAGUAUAAAAUAAUGAUUUAAAUUUCUAUGGUAAAAUCGCGGGAAAGAAAAAAAAACGGCAAUACAAUUCACUAAAAUUAAUUUUCUAACUUUCUAUUUCGAGAGAGAAAAAAAAAUAUAUAUAAAUAACAAAAAAUACACGGCACAAUGCUUCUACCAGGAAUACUUCUCAUUCCUAAUGUUUCUCAUUCAUAAUUGUCGUUAACAGCUAGUGUAACACGAAGUAAUAUAAGCAUGUGUUAAGUGACAAAGAAGCAUGACGUAAAAUGCAUAACAGAGAAAAAAUCGUUUAAGAACAUUUUACAAUUCGAUAAUAGAUUACUGAUAGACUCGUACGUCUGUAUCAUGAUCAGUAGAAAAUCGUGCCUAAAUUACAUAUCGUGAAUCAAACAAUAAUUUGAUUUCAGUUGCACAAGUGCGUGCUUUAUGCACAAUGUUAUGCCUCCCUCAUGCUCAUACAAUUAGGUCAUGAAAUAUAUCAUGGAUCAUUGUGCUUCAAUGACACCUUACUUGCAUGAAAGAUACGAGUUAUGUACAGUGGUCCGGCAUAUACAUUGGUAAAUUACAUCAUUUAACAUAAUUCAUUAAAAUAUAGGCGUGUAAUACCUAUAUUCAACUAAAAUCCUAUGAUGUAAGGAUAGGCAUUCAAUUACCACAUGUGUGUCUCUCUAAUUUCGCUAAUGAUGUGACCAGCUAGAGUCAAUGCCUGCAGAAUUACAACAAUUGUUAGAAAGGAGUUCACAAAAUAGUACAUGUGAAAAUAUAAGUGAUAUUCUCUAUACCUUAAGCAUGUCCGCUGCUUCUUUACGUCUAACGGCGAUGUGUUCACUUUCGUUUAACAACGCCUCAGCUUGAUCCGACUUAUAUAAAUGCGUUACAAGUUCACUUUGUAAAUUAUCUUUUACAUAGUUGACUAGGAAAUGCAUAACAGCCUUUGGUACACUGUCCUGAAUGGACUUCCGUACAAUAUAAAAGUAUGAUUUUAUGAGUCUUUCUGUAAAUAAUGAAUGAAAAUAAUCAAGAUGUAAAGAGAUAGCACGACGCAGUAAUACAAUACGCAAUAUAAUACAG